CCUCCUAAGUGGCGAGUGGCAGGAAUGCAAGUGAUGCAGGAAUUGCCAUCAUGCCAGUGGGAAACCAAAUGUCUGACCAGAUGACAGCUCUAAAUUUAAGGGCUUGCCAUUGAGCAAGCACGUGUGUGUUACUGUGCCCUUUUGUGACCAAGCUAAUUUUCCUAUCUAGAACAGCAACUAUGUUGUAACUUGUAUAAGGAAACUUCUCCACUAAUGAAGAACAAUGAUCAUAAGAGCAUAAUCUGUCCUGAGAGGACAAGCAAAGCUAGAGACUUGGAGUAGGGCUCUGAUGCUCCACGGAGCUGAAAAGGGCCCAUUUAUAGAAACUUGAAAGAUGUUUGGCUCCUUAAAAAAUGCACAGGCCUUGCUGUUAUUUUAAUGUAAAUGCCAUUCGAGAGAAGAGCAAAACUUUGGGAAAAGUCACUUUAUAAUAUCUAGAGUUCAGUUUUCUCCACAAAAACUGAGCCAGAAAAUGUAAAUAUACAGACAAUACUAUGGAACAGAAGGAGACUGUCAGCAAAAGAGCAGAGUUGGAAACACUUUUGUGUGUUGUAUCAAGCGUGUUUCUAACCCACCUGAACGUAUUAAACACAGUGACCCUUGCAGAAGGUCCUCUACAGUCUUUUUGCUUGCAGAGGUCCAGUUACAUGUGUGUGAUUGUGUGUGGCAUUUUAUACUGGGAGAUGUGAACCAAACCCCUGGGUCAGCAGGGAUUAUCCACAUGGGCCAUUCAGUACAUUAGUCCCACUUCUCUUCUUGCAGAGUUGGUUUAGAACACGCAGUAGCACACACAGGUCAUCUGCUUAGCUGGCAGCUGCUCAAAUGUGUUGUCUCAGGGAAGGUGGGUUUAACUGGCAGCCUCCUGGACGUGUGUGGAUAAUACUUCCUGAUCUCCUUGUGGCUUUAAAACACGGGCAGAAGUUCUGUGCACUGCAGCCUCAUGGAGGGUUGCAGGGCUCAGAGGUACUCAGAGGUGCUCCAAAUCUGUUUUCCCAUCUGGUGACAGUGUUAUCUGGAGUGCCAAGUGCAGGGAGGUGUUACUGGGGGCUCGUAAGGACACAAGAACCGCAGGCUUUGGGUUUACUGAUGAUUUCUGGUUUAUUGUUCAAGGAAAUAAAUGCCUAGGACACCUCAUUCACAUGUAGCAUUGCUUGCAGAAAAAGGGCCCUGUAGCCAGGGCCCUGUACAAAGUUCUUCCCCAAAGUGCUGCCCCAUAAGUCUGUGAUGGGGCAAUGAGCUGCUGGGAGUUGUGCCACUCCCAUCACCAGGGACUGUUAUGUGCAUGUAGGAUAUGGGUGGGAGCCCUGAGCAAUCUGGCCUGUCUUAGAAAUCAGCCAUGCUUUAGGCAUAAAUCUGCUGCAGCUCUGGGGUGUUCAGUGUUCCCCAGCCAGACAGGCUACAGUGUCAUGUUUCACGUGUUCAGUCUUGUUUUCAUUUCAGGUUCUGUUUCAGCGUAAAAGUGAGAUCCACGAGACUCCUCCAAGAUGUCCUACAGAAAGGAGCUAGAAAAGUACCGAGACCUGGAUGAAGACAAGAUCCUUGGAGCUCUGACAGAGGAGGAGCUCAGGAAGUUAGAGAAUGAACUGGAAGAGCUGGAUCCUGAUAACGCCUUGCUGCCGGCAGGGUUGCGGCAGCGGGAUCAGACGCAAAAGCCACCAACUGGCCCCUUCAAAAGGGAGGAACUCAUGGCCCACCUAGAAAAGCAAGCAAAGGACAUUAAAGACAGAGAAGACUUGGUUCCUUUCACGGGUGAAAAGAGAGGAAAAGCUUGGAUCCCCAAGCAGAAGCCAAUGGAUCCUGUUUUGGAAAGUGUGACUCUGGAGCCGGAACUGGAGGAAGCCCUUGCUAAUGCCUCUGAUGCAGAGCUCUGUGACAUUGCUGCCAUCCUUGGCAUGCACACCUUGAUGAGUAACCAGCAGUACUAUGAGGCACUGGGGAGCAGCACCAUCGUGAACAAAGAGGGGCUCAACAGUGUGAUUAAGCCCACACAGUACAAACCAGUUCCUGAUGAGGAACCAAACUCAACAGACGUGGAGGAAACUCUGAAACGAAUACAGAGCAAUGAUCCUGAUCUUGAGGAAGUCAACCUUAACAAUAUUAUGAAUAUUCCCAUCCCGACUUUAAAGGCUUUUGCGGAAGCGCUCAAGAACAACACGUAUGUGAAGAAGUUCAGUAUAGUUGGGACACGGAGCAACGAUCCCGUUGCCUUUGCCCUGGCAGAAAUGCUGAAGGUCAACAACACGCUGAAGAGCCUGAACGUGGAAUCAAACUUCAUCUCUGGGUCAGGGAUCCUGGCUAUUGUCGAGGUGCUCCAGGGCAACACAUCGCUGGUAGAGCUGCGCAUCGACAACCAGAGCCAGCCCUUGGGCAACAAAGUAGAAAUGGAAAUCGCAAAUAUGUUGGAAAAAAACACCUCCCUGCUGAAGUUUGGGUACCAUUUCACUCAGCAAGGUCCCCGGCUUCGUGCCUCCAACGCUAUGAUGAAUAACAACGACCUAGUGAGGAAGAGAAGACUUGCAGAAUUGAAUGGGCCUAUUUUUCCCAAGUGCAGAACUGGAGUGUAGUUCCUGGCUAUGGAGGUCAUUCCCGGUGAUCUGUGCUACACUGUGGAAAUCUAAAGGCAAUAAGUGCCUUGACAGAGUAUUUGUGGUGCCUCGGUUCUGUUUUAUGCACUAACAGUUUAAAUUAACUAGUGGCUAUAGUUUUUAUGAAGAUUUUAUCCAGUAGGACUGGUGAUGUUUUCUGUAGAGUUGGAAACUAUUCAAGCCAAUAACAACCUGUCAGUUUUAUGCAAUCUCAGUUUAGAGCACAUCCCAGUGUAAAAGUGACUUUAAUUAACCUGGGACUUAAUUUUAUAUAAACUUCCUGCACGGUGUUUCAUAAAGUUAGGAUGUGGUAUGCAUGAGUGAAAGAUACAAUUGUUUCACACAAAUUAUAGAAGUAUUAAAAAAAUACUUUAUUUUUUUCCAAGUUGAUCUCAAGUAACUAUAGAGGAGCAACUGUUUAACAAGCACUUCUACCGUCUGGAAACAUGGCUAAUUUCAAGAAUUGUGAGCUACCAUUUUUUACCGACAUUUGCUGAAUCAUUUAAUUGGAGAUGCUGUUUCAAAUGCAUCCCCGUGUUUCUUAGAAAAAAACCUGAUCUCCACCCCCGGCAUAAAUGGAACUUAAGGCCACCAAUUAUAAAACAGAGUCUCAAAAAUCAAGUGGUUUAGGACGGGUCAAUAUCCUUCAAUGCACAUCUGAAGAAAACAGUUACUUUUAGAGAUGUGAUGCAAUUUCUAACCCCAAAGAGAUGGCCAAACUAAUCAGCAAAUGAGAGCCUUCUCUUUUAAUUCCCACUCCUUUCAGCUUCUUUAUGUUAAAAGUGUUUGUCCAGAUAUUCACUGGAAACAAGCCAAAUUCUCUCUUCGCUGUUUUGUCUAGAUGACCAUGUCCACUAAUUAAAUUCUGUUCUGCUA